AUGGACCAAGAGGAAGAGCCCUGUGUCCUGGACUCUGAGGAUUCUUCAGAAAAGGAGACUCCGAGAGGCCCUCAGGCAGGUGAUGGGAUGGUGAGUGAGAACGAGGAGGAGAAUCCUCAGCAGGAAGAUCCUGAGCGAGUGGAAUCACAGUGGACAGUAUCGGGAAGAGAUGAAGGUGGUGUUUCCCUGAGUCCUGAGCUGGGAGAAGCCCGGGAGAAUCACCCUUAUAAAUGCCCCGACUGUGGGAAAAGCUUCCGAUGGAGCUGCCGCUUCAUUGAACAUCAGAGAAUCCACACAGGGGAGAAAACCUCUAUCUGUGCCGACUGCGGAGAGAGCUUCAGUCGUUACUCAAACUUCACAAGACACCGCAGGAUUCAUACCGGAGAGAAACCCUACAGCUGCCCCGACUGUGGGAAAAACUUUGGUCGCACUUCUGACCUCAUUAUACACCAGAGACUGCACACAGGAGAGAGACCCUACAAAUGCCCUCAGUGUGGGAAAAGCUUCAGCCGCAGCUCGUACCUCAUUCCUCACCAGAGGACACACACAGGAGAGAGGCCCUAUAAAUGCCCUGACUGUGGGAAGAGCUUCAACCUGAGCUCAAACCUUAUCAGGCAUCAGAGGAUCCACACGGGAGAAAAACCCUAUAGAUGCCCCGACUGUGGGAAAAGCUUCUAUCUGAGCUUACACCUGAUUAGGCACCAAAGAGUCCAUAUUGAAAGAAAAUCCUAUGACUGCCCCGACUGCGGGAAAAAGUUCAUUCGGAACUCAGCCCUGAUUAUACACCACAGACUCCACACGGGAGAGAGACCCUAUAAAUGCGCCGACUGUGGGAAAAGCUUUGGCAUGAGCUCAGACCUGAUCAGACACCAGAGAUCCCACACGGGAGAGAGACCCUACAAAUGUGAAUGUGGGAAAAGCUUCAGCGUGAGCUCCAAGCUCAUCAGACAUCAGGGAACACAUGUGACAGAGAAACCUUUCCGUUGUCCUGAAUGUGGGGAAGGCUUCGCCACCAGCUCCAAACUCAUUAAACAUCAGAAACACCACCUGGAACAGAAACCCUACAAAUGCGGGGACUGCUGGAAAAGCUAUAGCCACAGUUCCGAACUCCUCAGGCAUCAGCGAGCCCACACGGGAGAGAGACCCUAUAAGUGCCCCGACUGUGGGAAAGGGUUUAGUCGGAGCUCGCACCUUAUCAGGCAUCAGAAAAUCCACAAGAGAUAG